UUGAAGUAUCGUUCAUCGGUAUUUUACAGCAUUUAUUCUCCCAUUUGUGUCUCUCAUCGCGUUCUCCAAAAACAAUUUAAUUUGUUUGAGCAAAGUUUUGAAUUUUUUUAAGUGAAAAUUUAAAAAACGUUAUUCGUCGAACACACAAAGUUAUCGAACUCAUUUGUAAAAUAAUAAACAUCUCUAAACAAUAAAUUUCUAGACAGUUACACAUUUUACAUUUUUCAUUUCGUCCUAAUCCUUGAUAUUGUGCGUCUUUCGAAAAACAGAAGACGUAAGAUCUGUACAAACAUUUAAUUUGAAUCAGAUAAGCGUAGGUAGAUAUCGCUGUUUUUUCUGGGUGUGAUUUAAUUGGUGAACAACCGGCACCGGUGCGGUAUCGAACGAUAAUCAAAAUUUCGCGAGAGUGUUGCACAAUUUUCAAACCGAUUAAACGCCAAGAUCGCGUGAAAAAUGUCUAACAAGUUUCUGUAUUUCGCAUUCGGUAGUAAUUUACACGCCAAAAGAAUACGGCGAAACAAUCCGACUGCGGUGAAGAGAGACAUCGGUUACAUAAAGAAUUUUAGACUAGAUUUUAACACGUAUUCCGAACUGUGGCGCGGAGCGGCAGCGACGAUCGUGGAAACCGAUGAUUCGGUUGUAUGGGGUGUGAUCUGGGAGAUAGACAAUUGCGACUUGUCCGCUCUGGAUCGUCAAGAAGGUGUUUCAAAUCAAAUAUAUCGUCCAUUGUUUGUGGAUGUUGAAACUCCCGACGGUACGAUCCACAAUUGCCGAGUGUAUCAACAAUGCGACAAUCCGAAGGAACACGUGAAACCGGCGGAUCUUCCGACGAACAGAAGACCCUCGCCACUUUACAUAAACUUGAUAGUAAAAGGUGCGGAAGCGAACCAACUUCCUGCUGAUUACGUAAAAUUCUUGAAAAGCGUUCCCCACAACGGAUACGAGGGAGAAUACGGUAUCAGCCUUUCUCUGAAUCAAGAUUGACGUCUAUGAUGGUUUUGUUAUGCGCAUUCUUUUGGUAAUACGGAUCGAGAAUCACAUGUUCCAGCGCGGUCUGAGCCGUCAUUUCGUCUAGUUUGCGUCGGGGGAUCUUCAGUUUCAAAUACUGUCUCUUGUUCAUCUGAUGAUCAACGUGUACGCAUUUAUGGAAAAAAACGUAAAACAUGUGUCGUUUUGAUACAAACGUAACAUUUUUUGUAUGUAAAUAAGUUGAAAAUAAAAAAAUAUUUACAAUA